AUGUUUGACAACGAUGUGGCACUAGCAGUGAUCUUCCUCAUUCUGGCUACAGUAGGAACCCUGGGGAACCUCUCUCUCCUCUAUCAGUAUUUCUCUCUUCACCUCAGUGAGCACAGAGGAAGGCCUACUAACCUGAUCCUAAAGCACCUGCUCUUUGCCAACUGUUUGACCCUCCUCUGCAAAGGUGUGCCCUACACUAUGGCAGCCUUUGGGUGUAGGCAUUUCUUCAGGGAUAUUGAAUGCAAACUUGUUUUGUAUCUUCACAGAGUAGGAAGGGGGGUCUCACUUUGCACCACCUGCCUUUUGAGUGUCUCCCAGGCCAUCACCAUCAGCCCCUGGACCUCCAGGUGGGCAGAGGUUAAGGACAAAGCCCCCAGGUACAUGAGCAUCUGCAUUUCCCUGUCCUGGGUCCUUGAAAUGCUGAUAAAUGUCAUCUUCCCCAUAUAUCUGAGUGCCUCAUUGAACAAUAUAAACACCACAGAUAUGAAAGUCUUUAUAUUCUAUUCUUCUGUUUGUAAUGAUCAAACCUCAAAUUCAGUGUUUACAGCCUUGCUGUUUUGCACAGAUGCAGUGUGUCUGGGGCUCAUGCUCUGGGCCAGUUUCUCCAUGCUUCUCAUCCUGCACAGGCACCAGCAGAGGGUCCAGCAUCUUCACAGGAACAAGGUCUCCUCCAGAUACUCCCCUGAGUCCAGGGCUUCCAAGACCAUCCUCCUCCUGGUGAGCACCUUUGUCUUCUUCUACCUCCUCUCCUCCAUCUGCCAGACUCUUCUGGGUCUUCGUAACCAGCCCUCUGCAUUGCUGGUGAACAUCACCGCCAUGAUGGAUUUGUGUUUCCCAGCCAUCAGCCCCUUUCUACUCAUGAGCAGGGAUUCCAGCAUGGUCAGGCUUUGCCUACAUGAUGAAUAUAAAACUCCCUAA